CCGUUUCCUUCCCUUAUCUGUUAGCAGCCAAAGCGAUCAGCGGAGAAGCUGCCACAGCGGAGUCAGAUGGCUGGACAGUAACAGGAGACAAUCAGGAGAAAGCAUUUAAUGUAACAGAAGGGUCUCUUGAAAAGUUUACCACCAAAGGUGGCAACAGUACCAAUGUCUGCCAUGCCGCAUACCACAGAUAACCCAGCCAACCUGAGUGACUAUGAGUACCAAUACUUAGACGAGGAGGAUUACAUCCAGUUUUUGCUUGGCACAAAGGAAAAUGUCAAGGCGUUUGGUAAGGUGUUCCUGCCAGUGCUCUAUACAAUAGUGUUUCUGCUUGGAUUGGCUGGGAACUGUCUACUCUUUGCCAUCUUGAUCAAAUAUACCAAGAACAAGAAAAUGACCGAGGUGUAUCUGCUGAAUCUGACCAUUUCAGACCUUCUUUUUGUGGUAACCCUUCCCUUCUGGGCCACAUACGCAGCUUCUCAGUGGGUGUUUGGGAAUGCCUUCUGCAAGAUCAUAAGUGUCAUCUACACCACCAACUUCUACAGUGGCAUCUUCUUCGUCAGCUGCAUGAGUCUGGACAAAUACCUGGAGAUUGUUCAUGCUUGGUCCAAUAAAAACUUAAGGGCCCCAAGAAAGAGCUUCCUUGUCUCUUCAGUGGUGUGGGUUAUUUCCAUAGUGCUGUCUAUUCCUGACUUUAUCUUCAUGGAGGUGCAGGAUCUCCACAAUGUGAGACGAGUUUGCCCCCUCGACUAUGGCCUGCACCACUCCAUCUGGCGUCUGCUCUUUCAAUUCCAGCAAAUCCUGCUAGGCUUCUUCCUUCCAUUC